UACUUUCCCACCAAAAAUGAAUACAUUGAGCUUUAAAGAUGCAUAAUCAACUGUUAGUUUCCCACCAAAAAUGAAUACAUUGAGCUUUCCGUGCUAAUAAUAGCCAGCUGCCAUUGUACUGGUAAUAGAAUAAAAAAUUAAAGGUGUAAACUUUUGAACUAGUAAUGCCCCCCAUAGUACAUAGUGCAUAGUGUUGGGAAAAGAAAAAGACCAUUAAAACAGCUGGGUGGAGCGUAUCAGGGCUGCAGGUCGCAAUCAAUCUAAGCAAGGAAGAAGGAUGGAAUUAAUAUUUUACUUAAGAUGGAAAACUAGUCUUCGUCAGUGACAUAAUAUAGAUAUUUAUCUUCCGGAGUGUUCUAUUUGUUACAAUUAAUUAGUCAAAGAAAUAGAAGACAAAUAACCUUACACUAUUGAGUAUUGAUUAUCUCUGCAAUGGAGGAGGCCAAGCUGCAAAUUCAUCCCCCUAAAGUUCAUCUUCCUCCUGCUGAGUAAUGAUUAAAACAAAACAAAACAAAAGAAAACAAAACGUGACUCAUACCAGGACCAUUAUAAUGCUUGUCUCUCCAAAGCCCAGUGUAAAUCUGUACGUUGGCACCUCACUAUCUGGAUGAGAACUAAUAAGAGGAAAAGCCAGUAAACUUACCACCUAGCGUUUCUCCUCAAAAAUUAAACUACCCUUUCUCUCUCUCUCUCUCUCUCUCUCUCUCACACACUUUUGUUUGCAGAAAAACGUGAGCUGAGACUUGAGAAGUGAGCCUGAAACUGGUUGACCAUCACCAAACACCACCAUACACAACAACAACAACAACAACAACAACAACAACACAAGUUUGAGCAAACCAUCAAAGCAAGAAGCUCAAGCUCAAUAAUGGGAAUCCUCACCAUCCCCUCUUCUUUCUACUCUCACACCAGCUUCUUAAACCAAAGAAGAAGCCGUUUGCCUGCCAAGAGAGCGCAUCUCCUUAGAAGGCCAAUAUCAUGCCAAACCCUGAGCGAGGAACUACACUGCUCUCAAAUAUUCACCAACACCAACACCAACACCAACACCAACACCAACACCAACACUGAUUCUAAAGAUGAAGCAGCGAUGAAGAUAGACAGGCGGAAGAUGCUGAUGAUAGGACUAGGAGGGAGCUUACAUGGAGCCACAGGAGUAGCAAGGCAAGCAAUAGGGUACCCAAUCCAGGCCCCAGAUUUCUCCCACUGUCAAACUGCAUCCGAAGGCCCAAAACAAGUCAACUGCUGCCUUCCAUUGAGCUCCAGCCCCAUUAUUGAGUUCAAGCGCCCAUCCAUCUUGUCACCUCUCCGUGUACGUCCAGCAGCUCAAUUUGUCGGCAAAGAAUACUUAAAAAAGUAUAGAAAGGCUGUGGAGCUGAUGCGUGCUUUACCCCCAGACGAUCCUCGGAGUUUCGCUACACAAGCUAAGAUCCAUUGUGCUUAUUGCAACAGUGCGUUUGAUCAGGGUGGACUACCAGGCAUGGAGCUCCAGGUUCAUAACUCCUGGCUCUUCUUGCCUUUCCACCGCUGCUACAUCUAUUUUCAUGAGAGAAUCCUUGGCCACCUCAUUGGAGACCAGACUUUUGGCCUUCCCUUCUGGAACUGGGAUUCGCCAGCAGGAAUGAGGCUGCCGACCUUCUACGAUGAGGUUGGCACUUCUCUUUACGAUCCUCUGCGUGACCCCAAGCACCGGAAACAUGGUGUGGUGGAUCUUGACCACAGUCUCAUUGAUGACCCCCUCUCUGACUCACAACAGAUUUCUCAGAACCUCAAGCUGAUGUACAGGGUAGUGAUGACCAACGGCAAGACGGCCGAGUUGUUCAUGGGUAUGCCAUUUCGCGCCGGUGACAACCCGAAUCCAGGGGCAGGUUCCUUGGAGUUACUUCCCCACGGGGCGGUGCACCUAUGGACUGGAGACCGUGCUCAGCCAUUCAUUGAGAACAUGGGUACCUUCUACUCGGCUGCACGAGACCCUAUCUUCUAUGCUCACCAUUCAAAUAUCGAUCGCAUGUGGACUGUGUGGCAGAAACACGUGGUCAAGAAGACCAUAACCUUCAACGACGCCGACUGGCUCGAAACAGCCUUUCUCUUAUACGACGAGAACGCUCAGCUUGUGAGAAUUAAGGUCAAGGACUGUUUGGACACCACCUGGUUGAGAUACACUUAUCAGGACGUGCGAAACCCUUGGCUCAACGCUCGACCCACUCCCAAGGUACGCAGGUCCAAAGCUAAAGCUAAAGUAGCAGCAGCAGAGACAGCAACAGCAACAGCAACAGUAAACAAGGAGAAGAUGUUCCCACUAACACUGAGUUCUCCAGUGAGUACCACCGUGAAAAGGCCGAGAGUGAAGAGGAGCAAGGAGGAAAAAAAGGCUGAGGUUGAGGUGCUGGUGGUGGAUGGGAUUUUGGCAGUGAAAGAGAAACCAGUGAAGUUUGACGUGUAUGUGAAUGCGCCUAAUGAUUUCGGUCGGCUUGGGCCGGAAGCGAGUGAGUUUGCAGGGUGCUUCCUGAACCCGCAGGCGGGCCACGAGACUCGACAUAGGUAUACGCUCAGGCUCAACAUCACGGACCUUGUUGAUGAGAUUGGUGCUGAUGGAGAUGGAACCAUCACAGUCACCCUGGUGCCCAGAACGUACACUGAGAACCUCGAGAUCGGAGCACUCUGGAUUGAAUUCUUAUCCACAUGAAUGCAUAUCCAUGAAUCAAUGUGUGUGUGUGUGUGUGUGUGUGUGUGUCUCACAGAGACAGAGAGAGAGAGAGAGCCAGCACCGGCGAGUGACAGAGUGAGAAAAGAGCUGUAUAACUCUAUCAAUGCAUGGUAAAAUUAAAAAGAUACUAGAUUUAUGUACCCGCGCUAACGCUGCGGGUUAAUCAUAUCUAAAAGGAAGAUUCUGAAAGAUGAGUAUAAAUUUU